AUGAUGGAGAAUCGGUAUCCGACCGAUGACGCUGCUGGCGGCGGAGCGGCCCAUCCCAUCGAGCAGGAUGGCCCUCCUCCUAACGCAGAGCGUGCCGGACCGGGGCCGUAUACACCAUCGCCACAAAGAUUCCAGCAAGGGCAGUGGAGGCCACAGCCGAACUACUACCAACAGCACGAACCGCAACACCACCAGCACCAGCAACAAUGGCAGACCGCGGGACCACCUUCGCCCUGGCCUAAACACGAGGAGGUUGACGCUUCAUCCGCGUACGAUCGUUACCCCCAAGCCCAGCCCCAGCCGCGGCCCUUCCGCCUGCAAAACCCGCCGCCGCCUGGGCGGAUGCACCCUUCGGGUUCUCGCAGACCGGUCCUGCAGUUGGGAUCAGACGGAUCCGAUGUUCCCCCCGACCUCGCGUCUCCUCGCAGCGAUUCCUUUUUCUACAGCUCCCGUCCGACCAGACCAUGCCCGAGCCCGACCCCGACAAUUUCAUACUAUCAACCUGUUCAUAGGACGAGAGCCGAAUCAUCACCGACGCAUCGCCCACCGCGGUCUGCUUUCCCUGGCCUGUCAUCCAAUCCGUUUAUCCCAGAGUCGCCCGAGUCGGCGAGCUCGCCCACGCACUCCCGCAAGUUUCCCUCGUUUGCCCGGCAGCAUGAUCCUUUAGCUCGAUUGUCACCGGGCCCGAAUUUCAACUCCCCGGCCGAAAGCCGACAAGGCACCCCGACGGAGCCCAGUAUGGUGGUGGAGAACUUCUCACGCCCACGGAAGACGAGUGUUAGGUCGCAGCAGUCGGACAGCGCCUUGUCGCGGCGCAUGGUGACACCGCACCGGCUCCAAGCUGAGCCGCCCCUGGCAGAUCAGCCGCCGCCAACAAGUAGCACCCAAGCACCCGCCAGUUUCAAUUCAGCCUCAAACCCCUGGACGGGAAACCGCCGGUUGUCAGGAUCCUCUUCUCAAUCCACGAGUACCUUUUCCUCCGCUCCCCACCGUUCAAGCAACGAUCGUUUCGACGGCACACCGAGAAUUGAUCAUUCACGACACGCAAUCUCGACGACGACCGCUGCUGCGCCGUCUGCAUCUGCACGACCACCACCGACUCAUUAUAACCCAAACAGCCCCUCGACACACCUCCGCGAGCCAACACCAUGGUUGGCGACCGGAGAUGAGUUGCGCUCGAGUUUCCGAUCCCAGCUCACUGCGUCAACUGCUCAAGGGACCGUCUCCACGGCCAGCGGGACGGAACGGAACAGCAUCCUAACCAAGGACAGUAGCUUCACGGAACAGUCAAUUAUCAACGGAUACGCACGGCGGAGCUGGAGAGCCAAUUCCAUUGACGACGGCCCGAGCCUGGAGGAUGUGAUGGGAAUGUACGAACGAGGGUUUAAUGAUUCAGAUAUCGAGAGUGUCCGCCGUAGCAUGCGAUUCGCUGAAGACGACGAUAUCCCCGACGCAGACCACGACUUCGAGAUACUCGAACCGAAGGACGCAUCACGCCCGGCGAGCGGUCAUUCUGAUACGGGUGGACUUGAGGCAAAGAUGUUGGAAGCGAUGAGUGACAGCCUGCCCAUUCCACAAGCGCUACCUGUGCCAGAGGCGGAGCUCCAGGGGGGCCGACGAUCGAGGACACGACGAUCGUUGCUUCCGAGCUCACUGCCGAAUGAGAUCGGGUUGGGUUUCACGAUCGAACAGGCGCCAAGACGGGACAAACCAGAGUCAGAUACCAGUGAAAAACACGAUUCAGCCAAGAUGUUGGACGGAGAUGAUGGACCGGUCGUGGCUCGCGAUGGUACCAACAGUCAGCCUCCCACGCCAACCUCGCCCACAUCACCGAACUCGACGACCUCGUCGACCCCGACGCAAGCUCACCCGGUGGAUAAUACUACCCCCCCGCUAGGCGAGACCUCGGCACCGCCAGCACCCGUGAACAUACCCUCCUUACCACAGGAACCCCCGGAGGAACCUGGCAGCCGUGAUCGUUACGGAUUUCGAAAAGCUAGUGCCAAUGUUACCCGCCAAGCGUAUGAUGCUUGGGACGCGACUUACACCGAGUAUUUAGCCCGGCGACGCAAGAAAUGGAUCGCGUUCCUGAAGGACAACUCUCUCAUGACAGAUCGACCGAAUCGAUUCCCCCAGCGUAGUGCGAAGGCGAAGCGGUUUAUCCGCAAAGGGAUCCCCCCGGACUGGAGGGGAGCUGCGUGGUUUUAUUAUGCCGGCGGACCAGCGAUCGUGAGCAAACAUCGCGGAGUUUACGAGCAGCUUGUUCGCCGGGCUGGUCUUGAUCUUGGUGGAACCGACGGGACGCGGGACCCAGCGGGCGAAGUGAAGCCGCUGAUUAUAGAAGAUAUCGAGAAGGACCUUUACCGGACGUUCCCCGACAAUAUACGGUUUAAGCCGCCACGCACGGCCACCGAGACACCGACCGCCCAAACAAACCCGACUCAGCCUGCCGCCGAACCCGACAUCAUCACGUCGCUGCGGCGAGUGUUGAAUGCCUUUGCUUUGUACAACCCACGCAUUGGGUAUUGCCAGUCCUUGAAUUUCCUGGCGGGCCUCCUUCUACUUUUUGUAGAGACCGAGGAACAGGCGUUCUGGCUGCUGAACAUUAUCACACGAGUUUACCUACCUGGAACCCAUGAGAUGAGCCUCGAGGGCUCCAAGGUCGACCUCGGCGUUUUAAUGCUUGCCAUGAAGGACUCGAUGCCAGCUGUGUGGAAACAGAUUGGCGGCGAUGAGCUCGAAGCGGGCAAAAAGACCAAGGGCCGGCUCGGCUAUAAGCUUGGCCAUGGGAACAACCCCGGCAGUAUCAGCGACCCGAAUCGCCUGCCGGCCAUCACGCUCUGCAUGACAGCCUGGUUUAUGUCCUGUUUCAUUGGCACGCUCCCCAUCGAAACAGUCCUGCGCGUCUGGGACGUCUUCUUCUAUGAAGGCUCCCGCACGCUGUUCCGCAUCGCCCUAACGAUCUUCAAACUGGGCGAGCGCGAGAUCAAGGCGGUACAGGACCCGAUGGAGAUGUUUGGCGUCGUCCAGACAUUCCCCCGACGCAUGGUUGACUGCAACACCCUCAUCGAAACCUGUUACAAGCGCCGCAAUGGGAUCGGUCACCUUAGCCAAGAGGCCGUUGAAGAGAAGCGGCAAGAGCGUCGUGACGGCAUCCGCAAAUGGAAGGCUGAGCAAGAGGCUGCUGCCAGCGACACCAGCAACAAUGCUGACCACAAUUACAACAGCCCACGCCCAUCGACAAAGCAAAGGUUUGGCGCCGGCGCACUGGGUUUGGAUUUGGCCGCCGACCUCGACGACGUGCGCCGGAAAGCCAACCUGUUUGGCCGGAAGAAGGACCAACGGGAACAGGCCCGGGCGACCGAGGUGGCGUAG